AUGGCAGGAUCUAGUGGUUCAAGGCUUGCUAGAUAUCUCUGCUUUCUCGCCAUUGGUAUAUCAUUACCAUUAGGUGUAUUGGCGACACCUGCUUGGAAUACAGUCAAUGGCGUUUAUCCUAAUGGAACCAGCUGCCCACUCCCAACCUAUCACGCGUACACUUGCGCACCUCUUUGUGUCCGAGACAUCGCUAGCUGCCCUGAAUCCAUUCGUCCCACCUGCCCUGAAGGUCAAACCUAUUGUGUGGAUGGCUCUUGCCGAUCCUCUUGUCCCUCAGAUUUGCAAUCCAAAUGUUCUUGCCCUGGUGCACCUGUAAUCACUGUUCCCAUUUAUGCUUGUGAAGAAGGCUCUCGUGCUGAUAUCCAUAACUUUGUUGCAAGCAACAAGAGUGCUCAACGUGCUGAGGCAUGUGCCAUUGAGAUUGGUGUACCCACUUCUGUUAGUGCAUGGGAUGGUGCCAAUCCUCCUGAUAUGAUGUGGGGUGAAUGCCCUACCCCUGACUAUGGUCCAUUGAACUUUCACGAACCUGCCUUCAUUGCCUUAUACGUCUUUUACGGUUCUUGUGUUGCCAUGUUUAUUCUUUGGACGUUGUAUAAGCGUCUUCGUGAAAAGGUCAACAUGGUUGCACUUUCAAAGAAAGCUAGGAGAAAUGAUGGCUUGAAUGAGAAAAUCGAUGACAAAGAUUCCGACAGCUCGGUGGUUGCAAACAAAAAAUCGGAUGGCGUGAAAAACAAAGACACUGCCUCUGAUACCUCGGGUGAACAUAACGAUGGCAUGGUCAUCAAGGCUUACAAGCGUGACUACAUUGGCAUGUUUUGCUUCGUGCUUUACAUUUUGCAAACCUUGGGCAUGGUUGCUUACAUGAUCAUGAUUGUGAAUGAUUACUAUGACGACUAUAUCCUCUUCCGUGGCUUCCAAGUGGUCCAAAGCUCCACCUUCAUUGGCAUGUGGUACAUUUUCUUUUUCUGGUUUGCCUGCCUUGCCAUCUUCAAGAACAGGUUGAUGAAUUUUUUCAGAAUCCGAUGCUCCUACACCGAAGCCGAUUACGUUCAGAUCGAAAAGCAUCAAGAUCCCAUUAUCUUUUCGCAAGAUCAAUCUGAUAGGCUUAUGGAUACGGUGCGAUGGGCCGAGAAUCUUAUCUCGCAUGCUAUUGGCCUGGAUGUUGUGGUAACCACUUCCCAGAUGAAAUCGACCAACACUGGGGUACGCUACUUUGUGUACCAAUGCACCCGCUAUGUUUAUGAUCCCCAUUCCGAAACAUUCAAUCCCCAUGAUUUUGACUUGGGUGACACCAAUGCAAGCUUGGCAGCAUUGAAUGGUGGCCUCUCUACAGAAGAAGCCUCUCGUCGUGAAGAACUCAUUGGUCUCAACUUUAUCAAUGUUUACGUUCCCAACAUUCCUAUGGCCGUAUUGAGAGAAUUCUCUGCCUUCUUUUACAUUUACCAAUUCUCGGUGCUUUGGAUCUUUUAUUACUUUGCUUUCUGGACCGUCGGUGUUUCCGAUACCGCCGUUAUUUUGCUUUCCGCCGUCAUCAAUGUGUUCGUCAAGCUGAGAUCUGAACGCCGUAUCAAAAAGAUGGCCGAGUUCACUGACAAUGUCAAUAUCUUGCGUGAUGGCCAAUGGAAGGAAAUGUCCACUGCUGAUUUGGUUCCUGGUGACGUAUUCGAAGUUGCUGAAAACAAGACCACUCCUUGCGAUGCCGUCAUCCUCAGUGGCAACAUUGUCGUUGAUGAAAGCUCCUUGACGGGUGAGCCUUUACCUAUUCGCAAGUUCCCUAUUCGAAGCGAUGAUGAUUCGUUCUAUAGCCGUGUUGGCUCUGGCAAGAUCCAUACUAUCUUUUGUGGUACUACCAUUUCUCAAGCACAACCCACUUUCGAUGGUGAAAAGGUUACUGCUCUUGCUACCAACACUGGCACUGGUACCGACAAGGGUCAAUUGGUCAAGAAGAUUCUUUUCCCUGCACCUGUGUCCUUUAUUUUCAAUGAACAAAUCAAGAUCACUAUCAUCAUCUUGCUCUGCUAUGGUCUUAUUGCUCUUGGUCUUGCCAUUUGGUUGUAUGCUACCGGCACCAGUGCAUGGAUGUAUAGUAUGCUUGCCAUUGCUCAAUUGCUCUCUCCUUUGCUCCCAGCAGCUCUUGUUGUGGGUCAAUCGGUUGCUUCAGGUCGUCUUCGUGAUAAGAAGAUUUACUGUGUGGAUCUCCCUCGUAUCUUGAUGGCUGGCAAAGUACAACUCUUUUGCUUCGACAAGACCGGUACAUUGACCAAGGAAGGCUUGGAAUUCUUUGGUGCUCAACCCAUCAACGACUUUGACAAGAAGCCUGAGAAGCCGCAAUUCGGUGAAAAGUUGGACAACGUUGCCGAUGUGCCUCGCUUGCUGCAAAUCGGUCUUGCUACUUGCCAUGCUGUCACCACCUUGAAUGGCCAAUUCAUUGGUAACCCUGUCGACAUUGAAAUGUUCCGUUCUUCUGGUUGGACUCUUGAGGACAAGAAGGGUAUCGAAGAUGCCGUUGAUACCUUGACGCCACCAUCCACAUCCAAUAUCAAGGAACCCAUUCAUGUGCUCAAGCGUUUCGAGUUCGUUCACGCCCGCAUGUCCAUGUCCGUUGCCAUUCUUGAUACUCUCACCAACAAGGUCCAUAUCUUCGUGAAGGGUGCUUAUGAAAAGAUCAAGGAUUUGUGUGAGCCUGAUUCCAUCCCUGCUGAUUAUGAUUCGAUGACUUCCAACUUGGCUCGUCAAGGUUGUUAUGUAUUGUCCCUUGCUCAUCGUGAAAUCGAUUUGGAAGAAAUUGGUGGCAUGAAGGCUUUCCGCAACUGGACUCGUGAUCAAAUGGAGGAGCAAAUCCGCUUUGCAGGUCUCAUCAUCUUCAAGAAUCAACUCAAGGAGGAUACGACUGAAAACAUUGCUGAACUCAAGUCUGGUGAUACACGUACGAUUAUGAUUACUGGUGACACGGCAUUGACUGGUGUCUUUAUUGCUCGUCAAUGUGGCAUGGCUCUUCCCAACUCGCGUAUUUUGCUUGGUGAUCUUGACAAAAAGACGAACCGUGUCGUUUGGACCGAUGUGGAUGAACCGGAGACAUUCCCCGAUGUCAACCCCGAUGAGUAUUUGCACAACAAGGAACAUACCCCUGUCGAAUUAGCUGUCACUGGCAAGGCGUUCCAAUGGCUCGUUGACAAUGAUUUGAUCCGCAAGUACCUUUUGGAUAUUCGUGUAUUCGCUCGUAUGACCCCUACCGGCAAGGUGCUUUGUGUUCAGCUUCAUAUGGAACGUGGUAUCACUGCUAUGACGGGUGAUGGUGGUAAUGAUUGUGGUGCUUUGCGUACAGCCCAUGUUGGUAUUGCCAUGUCCGAUGCCGAAGCCUCUAUUGUAUCGCCCUUCAGCACCAGCAUUCGUAGCGUCAAGUCUUGCGUUGAAUUGAUUCGACAAGGUCGUGCUGCUCUUACUACUUCGCUCACUGGUUACAAGUAUCUCAUUUUGUAUGGUCAAGUCAUGGUGAUGAUGAAGAUUAUUACUUUUUACUUUUCGAUUACCAUGUCUCAAUAUGUUUGGAUUGCUAUUGAUGUCUUCAUCACUGUAUUCUUGAGUUGGGCUGUUUCGCAAUCUAAGGCCGCCGACCGGCUGGAACCUUGUCGUCCUACAGCUCGAUUACUCGGACCUCAAACUUUGGCGUCUUGUCUCGGUUUGGUUUCGAUCAACUGGAUCUAUAUGAGUUGUGCAUUCUACAUGCUGUACAAGCAAGAAUGGUUCCGAUGCAAUGAGUUUGACAGUAAUGCCGUGGACAUUUCAAAGUGGUGGUUGCUUGCCGACAACUAUGAAGCCGAGGUGUUGACGGUGGUGGGCAUGUUCAUGUUUAUCAACAACGCCGCUGUAUUCAGCUUUGGCUACAAGUUCAGACGUCCGAUUUAUCGCAACUACCCAUUGAUUUUCUUGUGGGCCUUGUAUAUCGCCAUCGUGUCGUACUGGACGCUCGCUGAUCCUAAUCGAUUUGGAUGUUUGUUCCGUCUCAACUGUGGUACACCACAAGUCCUUCAAGAACUUGGAUACCCAGUACCGCCCACCUAUAUCGAGGAUUACAACCUGCCAUUGGGUCACAAUAUCAUGCCUUGGGACUUCCGUUGGCGCUUGUGGGGUCUUUGUGUUGGUAACAUGGCAACAGCGUUGCUAUACGAGCGUAUCAUCGUUUUGGGCCCUGUACACACUUACCUUGCAAAGAGGUUCCCACUUGCUCGUCUCCAGAUCACGCGAUAA